GGUAGCUAACUUUACCUGCUAAUUUAAGCUAGUUAGCACCUAGCUAACUGCCUUGGUAAGUGGACGUCAUGAUUGAAAACGUAACGUCAGUUAUUUCAGUACCACGAAUGUUGCUUCAGCAGCUUCCAUUGACUAAAUAAAACACGUAACGAGUUAAACAACACACAGUAAGCUCCACUGAAGUAUCACAUGUUAACCUUGAAUCCAUAUAGAAACGUUAGGAUUUUAAAAUCCAUGCUAAUUAAUGCACAAACAAUAAUAAAGUUACAUGACUUCUGUAAUUUCAUGUUCAGGUUAGAGUGUUUGGGGAAAUCCUCCACGGGUCCACAGAAACAGUCGGCAGCAGAAGUUACCUCUGCUCAUGCUGAGACGUACAAACCCAAUGACAACAUGGGGGAAAACAAAGUCACUGAUAAACCUCGCAGGACUCUUCCAGCCCAGCUGCUUCGUUCUGUAAAGGUUUCUUGCCAAGAGACUCAAAAGUCUGGGUUUCCAAGUGUGGCCGUGCCGGAUACAGACAAGUUCUCCCCAAAGAAAUCCACCAAGAUAACACCAAGGGUUGGAGAACACACGCAGUCGGCUACAGUGCCCGAUGACGAGCUGAAAAUCAAAGACCUGAGAAGCGUUGAGCCCCCAGACUCAAUACUAACAGGAGGAACAACACAUUCUCCUCCACCAGCUAUGCCUCUCACGACUCAUGAGCCAAAUGUGGAGGAAGAACAGACCGAGGAAGAGGAUGUUGAGGAUGAAGACAUUAAGGCACCAGUGCAGCUGAUAAUGAAGUUCCUCGGAGCUAUGAUGGACAGAGACUACCUGCUGGCCAGCAAACUGUGUCGGAUGAUUCUCAUCUACGAACCAGACAAUCCUGAGGCCUCUGAGUUCCUCCCGCUGAUCCAGGGGAAGCUGUUGGAGGAGGCAGAGCAGAGCACUGAGGAAGAAGAAGAAGAAGAAGAUGAUGAUGAUGAUGAGGACUCUGGGAGCGACGAGGAGUCAUCUCAGAGCUCAAGCUGCUCCUCUUCAUCUUGCUCCUCCUCCUCAUCCUCAGAUGAUGAUGAAGAAGAAAAGCAAGAAAACAGACACAAGCCGUGUCCUCCUUCUCACGUUUCCCCCUGAAAAUAUUUUAUCAAAACAACCGAGGCAAUGACAGGCCCGGCUCUGUUCACAUGUAGCUGCUACGUUUGUCUUUGUGCAUUUUGAAGAUGUUGUGACAUUUAUGUAUCUCUUUAUAUAUUUCAUCUGCAAAUAACAUAUUGUUGACAAAGCUGAAUGGAAGCAUAAAUAUAUAGAAGUUGGACUACAAAAAGAUGUAAAGUUAAUUGUGACAUUUUUCCGCUCCCUACAAAAAAUACAUAAAAUCUUUCAUGUGAA